UUGAUUUUUUUUCUAUUUAUUUAUUUCAUUUUUUUUUCACUGAGACACACACACUCUCUCUCUCUCUAGAGUUUGCUUUCUCUUGAGUGAGAUGUGAGAGGGAGAGAGUCUCAUUCGUGUUCAUUCAUCUAUACUUUUUACGUCCCAUCAUUGAGCGGUCUUUUCUCUCUCUCUUUCUCUUUCUCUUUCUCUCUCUUUCUAAAUUUCUCUCUUCUUUCUCAUUAAUUUCUUCUUUCUUCCCACCCCUAAAACCCUUUCCUCUAACUCACAAGAAGAAAAUAGAAUAAAAAACAAAAUCAAGGAAAGACUUUCCCGUGAAGAUCAGAGAUCGAUCGAUAUCUCAGUCCUGACUAGAGUACGUAUACAUAGGAUCCAGUCUCCGGAUAAUAAAACCCAGCCGUGAUUAUUAUCUGAGGCCAAUUAAGAUUCUGCUAUCUAUAUAUAUAUAUAGCUUCUAAUUAAAUUGCAGCCACCAUAAUUUUCCAAAGGGUUAAUUAUUGGCUCUCUCACUCUCUCUCUCUCCCUAUUUGCACAGCCAAGUAGUGCACAAGACACAAGGAGAAAAUAAUAAAAAUAAGAGGACUUAUUAUUUUCAGUUAUUGAUCGUCAAAAGUAGGUCACAUCAUACACAUAUAUAUACAGUUUUAUCAUCAUCGGUACUAUUAGUACUACAUCUUAUCAAGAUUUUGGCCUUUUUGUCCACAAAUAAUGGAUUCAGCUUCAGGUGGUGGCGCCGGUACUAUAACUACUACUUCUUCUACAACUGUUAUUACUGGAUCAUCCGAUCCGAAUAAUAGCGGAGGAGCAGAUGGCCCAUCACCAACUGGGCCAGUACCAGGCCCAAGUACGGACCAAAGCCCAUUGGCCGCAGCCGCAGCAACCGGUGGGACAACAGUGCCGCCGAGCCGUUACGAGUCACAGAAACGGCGGGACUGGAACACCUUCUUGCAGUACCUUAGGAACCACAAGCCGCCAUUGACGCUAGCCCGGUGUAGUGGCGCGCACGUGAUCGAAUUCUUGAAGUAUCUAGACCAGUUCGGGAAGACUAAAGUCCACGUGAUCGGGUGUCCUUAUUUCGGGCACCCGAACCCGCCUGCCCCUUGCGCUUGCCCACUGAAGCAAGCCUGGGGCAGUCUUGACGCUCUGAUAGGACGACUCAGAGCUGCCUACGAAGAAAACGGUGGGCGGCCCGAGUCGAAUCCUUUCGGAGCAAGAGCGGUUAGGAUUUACCUGAGGGAAGUAAGAGAAGGGCAGGCCAAAGCAAGAGGGAUUCCGUACGAGAAGAAGAAGAGGAAGAGACCCACGGCAGCACUGCCGCCGCCCGGGAAUGUGUCGGCGGACUUGGCUGGCGGUAGUGGAAGCGGAGCCGCCUCUUCUGCGGCUGGGGCCAGUAGUGGUAGUGGGAGUGGCCCUAGUGGGGUCAGUACUGGAGGUGGUGAUAGUAGUGGCGCUCCUACUUCUACAGCUCCUUCUACAACCACUACAGUAUAGGUUUUUUUUCCUUUUUUUUUUUACUAUAUUUUUUUCUCUUCUUAAUUUCUCCAUUUCUCUUUUUCCUUUAAUAUUUAAUUAUAUAUAUAUAUUUAUAAAUAUUGAUUAUGAGUUUAAUGUAUAUCUGGGCGAUUCACUUAUUAUAAUUUGGGUAAAUCGGCUUAUUCUCUUCUCAUCUCAAUCCAUGAACUAAAUUUAAUUUAGAAAAUUUUCCAUUUUCCAUAAA